UUCCUUCAACAAUAUCGCCAUUAUAAGUCCAAUGUGGAAAUAUUCAAGCUUCAGCCAGCAAAGCCCAGUAAAGAACUGGGUGAAUUGGUGAUGUUUUUGGCCCAGGUUGCCCAUUGCUACCCUGAAUACCUAGAAGACUUUCCGCAACAGUUGAAGGAAUUGUUGUCCUAUAGUCAUACAGUCUUGGAUCCAGAUCUUCGGAUGACGUUUUGCAGAGCGCUGAUCUUGCUACGCAACAAGAACCUGAUCAAUCCCACAAGCUUGUUGGAACUGUUCUUCGAGCUCCUCCGUUGCCAUGAUAAAUUUUUACGAAAAACAUUAUACACUCACAUCGUUACCGACAUCAAGAACGUCAAUGCCAAACACAAGAACAACAGAAUGAACACGAUGCUUCAGAGUUUCAUGUACACAAUGCUGCAAGACAGCAACCCAACUGCAGCCAAGAUUUCACUGGAUGUGAUGAUUGAGCUGUACAGAAGAAAUAUCUGGUAG